AUGGCGGCCAAAACUACCCGAAAGGAGGUGAAUGAUGAAUUGGAUUUUUUAUCCUCAAAGUUCGAUCCAUUUAAGGCUCUGUACACCAAAGACCUUCAACCACCCGUCCCUAACAUAAAAGUAUUCAAUAAUUUGGUCGAAUAUGCGAUUGCAAUCAAGGAAGGAAAGACGAAGACAACCACAGUCUCUAGGGAGAAUAGAGCGAAACGUGUGAAAUCUUUAGCAUCACAGACUGCCUCUAGAACGAAAAAUCUUAAACCGGAGUACAAACCAGCUGAGAAGGAAGGUCUACAAGAAAGACUUAAGGCUAUUGCUGAAUCAAAAGCAUUUAUCGCUAAGAACAGAAAAACUGAGAUAAAGAUUGGUGGACGAGUGGAAGACGCAAAGCUGCACGAAUUUAUGCUGGCCGAGGAAACAUAUAAAGCACAACAACGAAAGAAGAAACGAGUGGAUGUGAUACAAAAAAUGGAAGGUAGGGUCAACAAGGCUGGUUUUUUAUUCUGAUUUUUCUGCUGUGUGGAACAGUGGUAGAUUUGUGGAACAAUUUUGCUUGAGGAUGGGGAAGUUACUAAUGUUCUGUGCGCGGACUCCCAGGAGUCAACUCCAAGGCAAUAAUGAAUGUAUAAUUAUUAUGUGGGUUUAUUUAACAACUCAUAGUUACAUUUGGCAGAGUGUUCUAAACUAUGGUGAAUGUCUGAAUUGAGCGACCUAGAAAUAACUUCAUACUUGUUCAAACUGUUGUCUUCCCAUUAACCAUGAUGAUACUGAACUAAGGCUGAACUUAUAGGAGUUGUGCAUCUCAUCAAUUCAAGAAAUUGAUUCUAUUUGCCAAGAGGUUGUUCACAAUCAAUGUAGAUGACAUGGGCUAAAAGCUUCAGAGUAUGUUACUGAUGUUUUUACCAAGUUUUGAAUUUCUCUAUUGAAUGUGAUAAUGUGGGAAAAAAUUAUAGUUAUAUUUUAUUGCCUACAGAGUGUAUCAUGUCCAGUUCAUGACAAAAGCUAGAAAAUCUUCAAAGGUUUCAAGUCUCUUCUUUAGGAUUAUCUUGAGUUUGAGAGUAGUGCUAGUCACUGUAGAAAUGUAUUCCCCACUGGCUAAAUGUCUUAAAUUUUUCACUACUACAGUGCCAAUCCACAAAAUGUUCAAACUUUAGACUAAUGCGAUAAAAUGUCCAUAGGUCAGCUUAAGGAUAAUCAAACAUAUUGAUCUGAUGCAUCUGAAAUGAUGCAAGUCCCUCUAUUAAAUCAGUCAAGCAUUGAUCACCAAGCAUGCAAUAAUUUUCUCUGCUUGUCUGGGGUGUUCAUGACCAUAUAGUGUUUGUAGGCAUGGGGCAGGGGUACUGUGUAUUUCUCUUGGGGUAGACUGACAUUUCAUCGCAUCACAUCUCUGUUUGUAUCAGGGCACUAGGCAUUCAUGUAAAGUGUGCGUAAAAAAUUUAUAAUUGCUGUAUAGCAUGUGGGUACAUGCAUGGCACCAUUCUUAAAAAUUGCUAAAAGUAAUAUUAACAAUGGAAUAGUAAACUUGAACAUGCAUGUUAAUCUGAAACUCUAACCACUUCAGCAGUGUCAUUUGUACCAAGUUCUUUUCUUGCAUGGGCAUAAAAUAGAAGUUAUGCAUUAUAAGUUCCAAUUUACCCAAGUUAAAUUUUUGUAGGGUGUAUGUGCUCUGUUUGUUUUUUCCUUAACACUGUAUAUAUAUUUAUUUACACUUAAAAAAUUAUCUUAACAAUUAUUCUUACUUUUUUUCAAAUUUCUUAAAUUUUCCGAAGGUGAAUUCAAAACCCAUUUACCCUUACAUUAAUAUGUAUAUUCUCCAUAAUGCUCCUCAUAAAUGUCCUUUAGUGCUGAUCAGGAGAAUUUGACAAUCAAGAGCUUCUUCAUUUUGCAAUGAUUUUCCUUAUUAUCAUGACCUUGAUAUUUGAUUCAGCAGUGAUGCUGUAAGGAAAAUUUUCAUUGAAGUUACUCUUAAGGCCCAUUUAAACGGUUUCAACAUUUGCUUCAACUUGCAUUCAACACUUUGUUGAACCAAAUGUUUGGUGCGUUUGAACAGGUCAUCCAACAUUGUUGAAAACAUAAAAGUUGUUGAAAGCUUGUUGAAAGGGUGUUGAAUCAAGUUUAAAUUGGUUUAAACUUUCAUUCAACAUCGAUCCAAUUUUUCCUUUGUUCUUGAAAAUGUUGAAUGGCCUUUUUGGACGAUUUCGACAUUUACCCAACGUCCGUUCAACUUUUGUUGAACAAAUGUUGGUCAAAUGUUGAAACUGUUUAAUUGGGCUUUUAGGGGUUAAAGGGUUAAGAAGUAAUUCAAAAGUGAUUAGAUCAUCUAUGGUAGAUAUCCUUGCAAUCAUGUUUAAUUAAAUUUACUAUUAACAUUUUCUAUUAUGAAAACAGCAUAUUAAAAUUUAUUUUCUGCUCACACAGAUCUUAGUCAAGGACCUUUCAGAAUACUUUACACUUGUCUUACUGAGAGGCGCAAAAUAAAAGUUUGGACAAGGAGAUACAAAGGACUGCGCAGUGUCUUGGCUGGAUACCUUAUUGCUUUUGACAAACACAUGAAUCUUGUGAGUAAAAUAGCAGCAUAAAAUGUACUCCUCCUGAUAGGAAUGUUAAAAUAGUGCCAGUUAUCAAUAAUGGGAAUUGGAUGAAAAAAAUUACUGGAACAAAGAAAAAGUAGAGAUGAGGGGGAUGAAGGGUGGGGAAUGGAUGGGGGGAAGGAUGGGGAGCACUGUAGUGAAAUUCUUGUGGGGUAUUGCCAAGGCCUGUAUGCUUUGACAUUGUAUCUGACAAAAUUCGUUCAUUUAGCUGCUUCGUUUAUGACAUCCAACAAUAUCAGACAGGAUUUAAGCACAUAUGAAGCGAAAUUAAGACUGGGAACGAGUUAGCACAUGAUCACGUAGAAAACUAUGAUUACAAUUUGAACACGCCUUCAAAUCUUGUACAUCUUUUGAAAUUUUGUUGUUGUCCGCAAUAAUGUUGGAUAGUGAUUAAUUUCUGUCUUCAGCAAGCUCCACCGGGAGUCGUGAAAUAUCCUACUCUGAUAGUGAACUAAAAAUGGAUGAUACAAGUACGGUUGAACCCCAUGAAGGAAAAGUCUCGUGCUUCAAGCGACGAUUUCGUGAAAGACGAAAACAAUACUAAACAAAACGUUUUCUCCCUGCAGUUUGAGGUCGACCUUCGAAUUAGAAACAAACAUGGCUCGAGUUGUCUAGAGUAAAACUAUAUAGAAAUUGAUCUUAAGGGUGACAGCAAUAGCUUCGAAGGAAGGAAGUCCGAGUUAUUGGGGGCGGGGGGGGGGUUGGUUCCGAGUUAUUGCGGGAAAGAUACCGUUUUUGUAUGCGAGGGAAAACAGGUUAGUUUGACUUAGCACGAGAUUGGAGUUUUUGGGAGUCAACUGUUACUUAUUUCCAAGCUAACUUGAUAUAAGGUGACGCAUAGGCAGACGACCUCAGCGUCUAAAUAAGACUGCUAGAAUGCAGUUAAAACUUUGCGAGCCACAUCGGAAGUGAUUCCAGUAAGAAAAGAACCUACUUUUACAAUUUUUAAUGUAUUUCACCAUGAUCAAGAAUAACCACUCACUUUUUGAUAGUACUUUCCAUUUGUUUGCAGUGCGAAUCGCUCGACGGGUUUUAGAUAAAUUUUGUCUUUCUCCUGGUAUCUUCAGUUGCUUGAAGAUUUCACUUAAUGAAUUUGUAAGUUUUGUGAAAAAAUGUGACUUUGGAACGAAACAUUUUUAUUUUUUAAUUACAGGCUCUAUUCGAUGUGGAUGAGGUGUACACCUUAGAGGAUAGUGUCGAACGGCAAAUGUCUCCCGAAACAACAAAAAAGAAGAAAAAGAAGAAAAGGAUAGCUUCGCUACUUGAAAAUGAAGAGGCAAAAGAAACGAGGAAAAGUGAAUCCGCUGACAGCAAUUCCUCUUUAAUGCCGUCACUUGAGCUGGAAGAAGUAGUUACCAUGAACACUAUUGGCGAUGCUGCCAAUGAAGUGUUUGUUAGUGAUAAUCAGGUUGGCACGAAGACUGUCCUGCCUUGUACACAUUUUAAGCCUCGGUUACCUUCCUCCAAUUCUAAUGAAUCCAUCUUUGGAGACUAUAGCGAUACAGGUCAUUCUAGUUGCGGUAAUUCUAAAGACGGUUAUGAAGAUUCCUCGUCACCUUCAGCAAAAGCCCUUAGUAUAGCUUUACAAGCUCCUAUUUUUCAUCGUGUUGAUCAUGCUCACCAAUCUCCUCUCAGAACUGAAGAUGAACAUUCUGUUAGUAGAGAAUCUGAAGAUACAAAAGAUUCUAAAGGAACCGAUGAUCCAGUAUCAAAGAGGACUUCUGAUUUUCGAAUGGUAAAAUUCCCGACGAGAAAUUUGUCUCAUGUUAGUGUCUGUGACAAUGGUAACAGAAAGAACGUUCAGAUUGGUAGCGCGGAAGAACUCACACAGACUCGCCAUCCUGAAUUCAUAAUAGAAGUGAGUCGGGGGACAGUAAAGGAGGACUGCCUUUUGUAUUGUACCGACGGAGAGGAACGAAUUGAUAGGACUGAAAGCACUAACGGAUCUAAUAUUUUGCAAGGGAAAACCAAUCCUUACGAUGUUCAUGCUAGAGACUUAAAUAAUUUGGAGGAAAAGAACCAAAACACAUCAGCUGAAGCAUUAAAUUUGGAGCUUUGCGGGAUUCUCGAAGCAGCUUACUGUAGUGAAACAUCAGUUCCUUUUACAGCGCGUGACAUUCGCCUGGUAGAUAAUGAAACCAUUGCACUUAAUCAGGAAAAUAAUGUAAAACAUGACAAGGAAGAAAGUGAACGAGUUGUGGCUGAAACAAAUUCUCCUUUGACACUCUUGGAGUGCUUUGAAUCACAGGAAAGUGCAAAGAGGGAAGAGAAACGACUGAAGUCCAUCGAAUGCGUGCCACUCUCCUCAAAGAGAGUUGAUGACUUUGUUGGUCCAGUUAGCACUGAGGGAACUGUAGAUAUUUCACCUUGUGUGAUUGAACAUGAACUAGGUUUGUCAUCGGUAGACGAAAUCUCUGGGCCAGUUGAAACAACUGCAGAAAAAGGGAACACUGAAGAUGCAGUGCUCGUCCAAGAGAAAUAUGUUUUCACAGACGAGAAUUUCCAAAGAAGAAAUAUCACGCAUGCUUUUCAGAGUUUAAUUCACUUAGAAAGCGAAAUUACAGACUUGGAAAGCGUAAGUCGUGAUGCCCGGACAGAUCUUACCGGGCAGACUUCAACCCGAACAGAAACUGGUGGAAGCUUAGAACUGGAUUCUCUGGAUUCUCUAGAUAAGGCCAAAGGUAAAAAAAUCGAAAAAGGAAAUCCUGCGGUUAUCUUCACUGAAAACGAACGGUCCGCGGUGGAUGUAGCAUUAGGAAGGUCUGAAAGAACAGAAAAUAACAGUGCAUUAAGGUCAGCUCGUGUUUUUUCAGCAAAUGAAGAAAUACUAGAGACGACUUCACAAGCUAUUUGUGGAAGAGAUUGUCAAGUUAACCACACAUCAUUCACAAGUCAAUCCGUUUGUGUCACCAUAACUACCGAAACAACUAAGGAUAUAAAAGCAUUCCCGUCUUCUUCUCCCUCUCCUGUCUGCUCUGUGCGAGACUUCCAGCUAAAAGGAAGUAUCUACAGGACUAAUUCAAACAGUGCAAGCGAAACUGACAGUAUCCUCCAGAAUGCGAUGGAAAAAGUCACCCAGCUAGAACCCUUUUACAAAGCUGAAGAAGAUGAAUUCCCAGAAUCACCAGAAAAUCUUUGCAAUGGUAGAUCCUCUACCAAGAAUAGUAAAGGGGACUUAAUUUCUCCCGCUACUUGUGAUGUGGCUAGUACUGAAGAGGACAAGAUAGACAGGGAAGCAGGAACUGUCUUUAACGCCACUUCAGAGUAUCGGAAGAUUGACCAUCUGACGUACAGAGGCAAAGUUCCGUCUUUGCAAUGUGGGGCAAAGCCUGUUGCCGAUGAACAAAGGAAAGAGGAAAAAGGAGUUUCUAUCCCAAAAGAGACGAAUAAAUCUAAGGGGGUUCAGGGUGAUGAUAAGGAAGAAGGUGAAAUUACUUCCGAGGAAGAAGGCGCUUCAGAGACUCAAAGGCGGAGUGAAAAAGGUAGAGAAGAAGGUGAACUUCCUUCGUCUGAUUCCGAUCUAGAGGUUGCUCUUGAUGCCUCUUCACAGGGAACCCAAAAAACAGCUCGUUGCAAAAGUAAAGUGAGUGAAGGCGAAUGUGAAUUGAGAAGAAUAAAAAAAGACUUGUGCUCAACAAGGCGCCAUUCGUCAACUGAAUUGCGCCAGAAACCAUCUAAAGAAAAGUCCAGAAAACCUGGAAAUUCAGGAUGUGAUGGAGGAGCCUCUUUGUCUUCCACUAAAAACUCAGAUUUGAGGACAAAGUUAGGUCAAAUAAGAAAAAAGCGAUCAAGUUUAGUCUGUGGCUCUCCCGAUAGUGGCACUCAUGGUCGUCUCCGUGGAACACAAUCGGCUGAAAAUCAGGGAAAUCUGGAAAAAGUUAAACAAGAUGGCUUUAAAGCUGUGAAUCAAACGAGCAAAAAGGAAGUUACAUUGAGUGGGUCUUCUCAGACAAAGAGGAGACAAACAGGAAAGCAUUUAAGAGGAAGUGGGUCUUCCGCUGGUUGUAACCCAGUGAGUAAUGGACAAAGGAACCAUGUAAGAGGAAAGGAGGAAAUAAAUAAAGAAAGAAAAAGCAUUUUUCUACAGGACGAUGAUGAUAGAACAAAGAAAAAAGUUAGACACACAAACUCAAGACGCAAAACUGAGGGUCGUUCUCACAACUCCCAGCUUAAGUCGAAUAAAACUGCUCCAAAUUCUUCACCCGAGUCAAAAUUUAAGGAAAAUGGAGGGAAUUCACGCAGUUUUGAAAGUCAUAAACCAAAAGUUAAGGCAAAGGAAUCGACAGUCACUCGUGGCUCGCCGAUAUUGAAGAACAUUUACAUCAAAGAAGACAAGAAACUAGCGAAAGAUUCUGAAACUCUCGAGCAGAAAAUGAAAACUAAAGCAUGUUCCCAAGUAUCAGACUCUAAACGUUUACCUAAACAUGUUAGGAUGCAAGAUCCGAAGAGUAGGGACUCAAAUGGGAAGCGUGCUCAUCGAAACAACGACGUAGUUAAUCACUUAUCGGAUUCAUCCGACGAGAGAAGCUUAGGGCGUCCUUUGGAGAGUGAGACAAAAGCCGUUGUCUCGACUCAUGCUAAGUGCAAUAGUGGGAGUGAUAAACACGGUCGUAAGAUGGCAAGCUCACGUGUCUUAAGUUCACAACCCAAAGAGCAAAGUAAGUCUGCGAGUAAUCUUAAAGUGAGAGACGAAUCAAAACGAAUGAUAACUAAUGCGGUAAAACAGCGGAACGACAAUAGAAAGGGGGAAUUGAAACAGGCUAAGACCACAGUUAAGGUUUCUCCACGAAAGGCGUCCAGAAAGAUUGCUAAAAACGUUAUUGCGAAUUUUACCUCUAAAACUAAAGUUCAACUUGAACGUGGUGAGACGGGAAGUACCAGGAAGCGGAGAACUAGUAAUGACACGGAACUGCACCAUGCCAAGAAACUGCGUCGUGAACCGGAAGAGAAAGGUCGGUCAAAACUUCCAAUGGAGGCUUCAAAAUUUGAGAUUCCCCUGUCUAACUUGAAACGUGGCGAGAAUGACAUAAAGAGCGGAUAUACAGAUAAUUCCCAGAAAAGCAUCGAUGGACUACACAGCCCUCAGCUAAAAACGGUUAUAAUUGGUCGUAACAAGUGUUUGGUGUUUAAACAUCGUCAUAUUAACCAGCUGUUUCUCAGAGGAGAUAAUGUUGUCAUGGUAGCUUACGCAAAGUGA